CCUGCAGGACGGGGGCCGGCGCCGCGAUGGGUUCCGCCGCUGGCCCAGAGGGAGCGCUGGGCUACGUCCGCGAGUUCACGCGCCACUCCUCCGACGUGCUGGGCAACCUGAAUGAGCUGCGCCUGCGCGGGAUCCUCACUGACGUCACGCUGCUGGUUGGCGGGCAACCCCUCAGAGCACACAAGGCAGUUCUUAUCGCCUGCAGUGGCUUCUUCUAUUCAAUUUUCCGGGGCCGUGCGGGAGUAGGGGUGGACGUCCUCUCCCUGCCCGGGGGCCCCGAAGCAGGAGGCUUCGCUCCUCUUCUGGACUUCAUGUACACUUCACGCCUGCGCCUCUCUCCGGCCACUGCACCAGCUGUCCUUGCGGCUGCCACCUACUUGCAGAUGGAACACGUGGUCCAGGCAUGCCACCGCUUCAUCCAGGCAAGCUACGAACCUCUGGGCAUCUCUCUACGGCCCCUGGAAGCAGAACCCCCCACACCUCCAACAGCUCCUCCACCGGGCAGUCCCAGGUGCUCCGAAGGGCACCCAGACCCACCUACUGAGUCUCGAAGCUGCAGUCAAGGCCCCCCUAGUCCGGCCAGCCCAGACCCCAAGGCCUGCAACUGGAAAAAGUACAAGUUCAUCGUGCUAAACUCUCAGGCCUCCCAAGCAGGGAAACUGGUGGGGGAGACGAGUUCUGGUCAACCUUGCCCCCAAGCUAGGCUCUCCAGUGGAGAUGAGGCCUCCAGCAGCAGCAGCAGCAGCAGCAGCAGUAGUGAAGAAGGACCCAUUCCUGGUCCCCAGAGCAGGGUCUCUCUGACUGCUGCCAAAUAUGGGGCUCCAACCAAUACCCCCCAUCUCCUCACACCCCGGGCUCAAGAGAUCACUAGACCCUUCUCAGAGCGGGCUCAUCCACCUCCAGGAAGUGAAUUUUUCAGCUGCCACAAUUGUGAGACUGUGGCUGGGUGCUCAUCGGGGCUGGACCCCUUGGCUCCUGGGGAUGAGGACAAGCCCUACAAGUGCCAGCUCUGCCGCUCCGCUUUCCGCUACAAAGGCAACCUGGCCAGUCACCGCACGGUGCACACAGGGGAAAAGCCCUACCACUGCUCCAUCUGCGGAGCCCGUUUUAACCGGCCGGCUAACCUGAAAACGCACAGCCGCAUCCAUUCGGGAGAGAAGCCCUAUAAGUGUGAGACGUGCGGCUCGCGCUUUGUGCAGGUAGCGCAUCUGCGCGCGCAUGUGCUGAUCCACACCGGGGAGAAGCCCUAUCCUUGCCCCACCUGCGGGACCCGCUUCCGCCACCUACAGACCCUCAAGAGCCACGUUCGCAUCCACACGGGAGAGAAGCCUUACCAUUGCAACCCCUGCGGCCUGCAUUUCCGGCACAAGAGUCAACUGCGGCUCCAUCUGCGCCAGAAACACGGAGCUGCUACCAACACCAAAGUGCACUACCACAUUCUAGGGGGGCCCUAG